CCUUUUGUCGCCACCUGUCCAUAACUGAUAAAGUAUUGCCAAGCGUACUAAAUGUUGCCUUCAAUUGCAUCCAGCAGAGCCAUGCUGCUCUCGCAACCCUUAUUAAGCAUGCGGACAAUGGCUACAAAGACUGUUAUAAUUAAAUCUACGGGGACCGCUGCAACUGCUGCGAAAUCAGCAUCCACCUAUGCCUCCAAAGCCAACUCUGCCAGCCGUGUCUCUUCCUCGAAGCCAGCUUCAGCCUACAGCAAGAGCGACUUUUCUACUACUGGUGCAACAGCUUUUUCUUCAUCCCCAGUUCCUAAAGCUGUCACAACUCCAUCUUCAUUUGCAACAUCCUCUGGAUCUGGAUAUUCGGAAGAGGAUGAUUCAGAGAUCAAUGGCUCCUCUAAAGUUGGUGGCGGAAAUAGUCAAGUAGCUAACGAGGCCUUUUCCAGUAAUGGUCCAGUGUUAAAGGACGCCGCCAUCGGAGAGCGCGGAGUAGAUGAGACUCAGGAUUGGACACGCUCUUUUGCAGGAAUGGCCGUUGAACCCUUUGAAAAGGAAGUUGCUGAGUUGUUAAUGAAGCCGUUGGAUCCUGAAGAUAUCGAAAUCAAGCCAGACGGAAUUCUUUACCUUCCAGAAAUUAAAUAUCGUAGAAUUUUGAACAAGGCAUUUGGGCCUGGAGGAUGGGGAUUGGCACCUAGAAGUGAACAUUCUAUCUCUCCUAAGACCAUUUCACGAGAAUACGCUCUGAUUUGUAGAGGUCGUUUCGUUAGUACGGCUCGUGGUGAACAGGAUUAUUUUGACCCUAACAAUAUUGCUACAGCGACAGAAGGGUGCAAAUCAAAUGCACUGAUGCGAUGCUGCAAAGAUCUGGGUGUCGCUUCGGAACUUUGGGAUCCAUCAUUUGUCCGAAAAUUUAAGAGGCAAUACUGCGAAGAGGCUUUUGCAGAGCAUGUCAUUACGAAGCGCAAGAAGAAAUUGUGGAAACGCAAGGACCAGCCAGAUUUUGAAUAUCCUUAUGCUAAGACAAAGUGAAAGCAUAUAAUACAUUAGGACAAAGGGUUAUACACGAAUAUACGCAAUAAAAAUCCUUUUGGUAAUUUGUAGUGCAAGCC